GAAGCCGAAGUCAGAAAGCAGAAGAAACUCACAGAGACUCACAGCUGGCAAGCAGGAAAACUGAAAUCACUCUUGAACAUCGCAACUUGAACGCUUUGGAAAAAUGUGUAAAGGAUUAGCUGCAUUACCUCAGACCUGCCUGGAAAGGGCUAAAGAGAUCAAGACAAAAUUGGGAGUUUUUCUGAACAAGCCUGAAAAUGCCAUCGACCUCAUCAUCCCUUACCCUGAGAAGACUGAGAAGAAGCCGGAGAAGCUUCAGAAGCCUACCCAUGAAGAGGCUGCUCAGUGGCGUGAGAGUCUGGACCGGGUUCUGAAUAACAACUAUGGUCUGACUGCUUUCCGCAGCUUCCUGCAGUCUGAGUUCAGUGAUGAGAACAUUGAGUUCUGGAUGGCCUGUGAGGACUUCAAGAAGACCAAAAACCCAGUGAAAAUGGCAGCCAAGGCCAAGAAGAUCUAUGAGGACUUCAUCCAGUCUGAAGGACCCAGAGAGGUGAACAUCGAUCACUUCACCAAGGAUGUGACCCUGAGAAAUCUGGUGGAUCUCUCCCCGUCCACUUUUGAGUUGGCUCAGAAGAGGAUUUUCGCCCUGAUGGAAAAAGACUCCUUCGCUCGCUUCCUCCGGUCUGAGCAGUACCAGGAGCUCCUGGUCAACUAAGCCAAACAAGAGUUUGAGGAGCUGGGGUGGGGAGGUGGGGUUGUUUCAAACAAGCAGUUUUUAGUUUUCGUCAAAAAGGAAUUACAGCUUUAAACCCCUUCAAUAAACUUUAAAUGGUAUUCAACACUUUGAGGACUUUUUUUUUUCUUUUUGGUCAAGACAGCCGGUUUCAAUUUCAAACGAAAUCAGUUAAAAUGUACAACUGCAAUUUGAAAUGGCCCAGACUCCCCACCUGACCUCCUAAAGUGCCAGCAAAAUUAGGUCCACUGAGAAAAUCAAAUGUCAAAUUUUGAAUGUCUAAACCACUUUGAAAUGUAUUCGACCAUAAAUUGGCCUGAAGAGAAAGAAAGUUGCAAAUGUAACAAGUGUGUUUCUAUUAUCUGCUUUGAAUAGAAAACUUGGCCAAAAGAAUUAUUUUUGCAACUUGUAUCAAAUGAUGCUUUCACUUUUUAAGGAAAAUCCAAAAUGUCAUAGUUCCUGCUUUAUUGGUCUGCCAGCAAGCUAAAGAAAGGAAACAAAGCAGGAGGAUUUUGUCAUCAUCUUGUUCUGUAAAAAAGAUAAACCGUCACACACCUUAUGAGUGUGGCAGUCAGUUUUGCUCACAUGCUUGGAUUAGCUCCAAUUCAAGGCUGCCUCCGCACCAUAAAUCCUCCCCUAAGCACACUAAAGCCAUUCAAUUUGAUCACAUUUAUAUAAAUCACAGAGUUAAUGCAUGUCUGAACACGGACAUCCAGAAUUUGAGAUAGGUGGGGGUUUCUCACAAUAAAACAUUUAAGACUUUUGGGAUAAAUCUGAUCUGUUGGUUCAUCUUAAAUGUGUAGAAUCUUCCUUAAACAAAGCACAGUCAAUGGUUGAGUUGUUUUCCCCAUUGAAGACUUGCUGGGGGUUUUUAUACAAGAAAACACACAUGUUUCAUAGUGCCUGCACCACACGAGCUUGUUUACUUUGACUGCACAGAUUGAUGUCAGGAGUUCUGAAGUUCUUAGGAACCACAUAUUUUCAGCACAUUUUCUCUACUGCACAAAAAUAGACUCAUGGUGCAACACUGCAUGUCUAACGAUCAUCACGUAACCGUUCGUACCGAUCCCUCACAAUCGCACAAAAGCAACAUUUGGACUUGGAUCAAAGCCCACCUUUUGGGUUGUGAACCUUCCUGUGGGAGCCAUCCCUUAAGGAGACUGCUGACUAGUUGGCUCAGCAGUGCAGCUCCUUGGCUGUCACUGCACUGCAAGUUGUUAAGAUGGGAAAACCAAGUUGGAGGGAAUCUCAGAAGAAGUUGUAAACAGAGCUGCAGCUUUAUACGAAAGACCUUUUUAUUUUUCCCAUGUGACAAUAACAAAGAUGUAUAUGUGUUCAGAUGAAAAUAUGGGAAGAAAGAACUUGAAUGGCUCAGGCACUUGGCAUCCCCCAUCAGAGUAGCACCGGUAAUAUAAUUACUAAUCAUCCAUCAGAUCAUUUUAUUACAUAACAUCAUAGUAAAAAAAAAACUGUUUUCUGUGUUAAAAUUCACUUUAAACAACACUUGAUUCUUUCAUAGAUUUUGGUUAAUGUCUUCAACCAGAUAAGGCUAUUUAACCCUUUAUAAUGUCACCAAUAACUAUUAACCAGCAUCAUGCUUUUCAGAAGACUACUUUAAGUUGGUAUGCAAUGUUAAAAUGUCACAAUAGUUGUACUUAGAAUGUACCAAUCAUUAUUAAAUGUGAUUUUAUUUACUCUUUUACUCAUAUUUUAACCAACAUUAUUGACAUAUUCAGCAGUUUAAGUCCUUAUUGUUCUCCAAUUCAUUUGACAUACUCUCAGGAGAAAACAAGGUAAAGAUCUUCUUGUGACACAGAUUGACCACUCUGGUGUCACAACCUAGACUUUAAAAACUGAAAAAUAAAUCAUCCUAUUUGAAAGAUAACAUUGUCAAUAAAGGCUUUAACAGCACUGGAUAUGCAUUAUGAAUGUAGCCUUGCAUGUACGUCUUGAAGUGGAUGACAUAAAAAUAUAUAUAUGCAUACAAUUCCUGAAGAUGUAUUUAUUUAUACAUAUGUGUAAAUACCUUAUAAGUUAUUAUAAAUACCACAAUGGAAGCCAUGACGUUAGCGUGGCACCGACUCAGGUUUUUUCGCUGUUCAUAAAGGACCACACACCAGA